AUGGUUGGAGGUAUUUUCCCUGUGUUUAACAAACAAAAUCACGUAAAUGCUUCAUUUGAGAAAGAACCUCCAGAGGUGACAUGUAAGGGAUUUGACAUGCGUGCUUUCCGUUGGACCCAGGUGAUGAUCUUUGCAAUUAAUGAAAUAAACAGUGAUGGCACUUUACUUCCAAAUAUCACCUUAGGGUACAGGAUUUUUGAUUCAUGCGCUUCUCCAACUAACACAUUACGUGCUGCUCUCACGCUGUUGAGUGAGGAAAAUGGGGACAAGUAUACAGCUCAAUGUCAGUCUCCUAUUUCAGCAUUAAUAGCCGAAUCAGGUUCAUCACAGUCAUUAGCUCUUGCUGGAACAUUUGGACCUUUUAACCUGCCAAUGGUUAGCUACUUCUCAACUUGUGCCUGCCUGAGUGACAAAAGUAAAUACCCAACAUUUUUCAGAACAAUACCGAGUGACUACCACCAAGCAAAGGCUUUGGCUUUUCUGGUGAAAAGAUUUGGAUGGGAGUGGAUAGGAACCUUACAAUCUGAUAAUGACUAUGGUAGAAAUGGACUGUCAGCAUUCAUUACUGAAGUGAAGAAGCUUGGAGUUUGUAUUGCAUUUACUGGGACUGUUUUGCGAACGUACCCCCAGAGUAAAAUACUUGAGGUUGUUGAAAUGAUCAAAAUGUCAACUGUACGAGUUAUUCUUGCCUUUGUGCCCGAGGGGGAUCUUUAUCCAGUAAUGAAGGAGAUAGUGAGACAAAACAUAACUGGACUACAGUGGAUUGCAAGUGAGGCCUGGAUAACAGCAGCUCGCCCAUCCACUCCUGAAAUGUUUACGUCUUUUGCAGGCACAAUUGGUUUUUCAGUGCGCAAGAUGGCAAUUCCGAAACUACAAAACUUCCUCACUAACAUCAGUCUCUAUUCUAAUCCAGGAGCUGCUUUUUUUGGUAGUUUUUGGGAAACUCUUGUCACUGCUACGCUAAGAAAAGUAAAGUUUGUAGAUGAAUUUGGAGAGACUGUGUUUUUUGAUAGCAAUGGUGAUCUUCCUCCUUCCUACGAUAUCAUCAACUGGCAGCUAAGGCACGGAGAGGUUCCAAAAGCUGUGUGCUCAGAGGUAUGUCCUGUUGGCACAAGAAGAGCACCCAUUAAAGGAAGGCCCAGCUGCUGUUUUGACUGUGUUCCAUGUGCUGAUGGCACUAUCACUAAUCAUUCAGCAUUGGACUGCACCCCCUGUCCUGAGGAGUACUGGUCCAAUGAGGAGAGGAGUAGCUGUGUAUUAAAAUAUAUUGAGGUCUUGUCCUUUAAGGACACACUGGGAAUCAUUCUGACAGCCGUGUCUUUAUUUGGGGCCUCCCUUACUUUAGCAACCACAGUCAUUUUCCUUGUGUUCAGGCACACACCCUUAGUGAGGGCAAAUAAUGCAGAACUGAGUGCCCUGCUGCUGCUCUCCCUCCUCCUCUGCUUCCUCUGCCCUCUCACCUUUAUAGUUGAGCCCACUGCCUGGUCCUGCAUGCUGCGCCACACAGCAUUUGGCGUGACCUUUGCCCUCUGCAUCUCCUGUGUUUUAGGGAAAACAUUGGUUGUGAUCACAGCUUUCCGUGCCACUUUGCCAGGUGCAACUAAAUUUGGGCCUGUGCAACAGAGGAUCAUUGUAUAUUCAUGCACUGGGAUUCAGGUUCUUAUUUGUAUACUCUGGCUAAGUAUUGCACCACCAUAUCCCCAAAUAAGGCACAACAAUAGAAAGAUUAUUGUGGAAUGCAACACAGGGUCAGACACAGCAUUUUAUGCUGUGUUGGGGUACAUAGGCUUUUUAGCAGGUAUAUGCCUAGUUGUAGCUUUCUUAGCAAGGAAAUUACCAGAUAAUUUCAAUGAGGCCAAAUUCAUUACUUUCAGUAUGCUUGUAUUCUGUGCUGUGUGGAUCACAUUCAUUCCAGCAUAUGUCAGCUCACCGGGAAAAUAUACUGUGGCAGUGGAAAUAUUUGCUAUUUUGUCCUCUGCAUUUGGUUUACUUGGUUGCAUUUUUGCCCCUAAAUGUUAUAUUAUUAUUUUUCAUCCUGAGAAAAACACUAGAAAACAUAUAAUGGGGAAGGUGCCUAGGAGCAUUUGA